AUGACAUUUGAAGAUUUUGAUAAUUACUCUUAUUUCUACGACCUGUCAGAGGAAGAUGAAUCACCCCAGUCCUCCCUCAGCAUUGCCCAUAUGAUUUCCCUCUCCUUUUACAGUGUGGCAUUUCUGCUGGGAGUGCCAGGUAACGCCAUCGUCAUCUGGUUUAUGGGCUUUAAGUGGGAUAAAUCUGUUUCUACUCUCUGGUUCCUCAAUCUGGCCAUUGCAGAUUUCAUUUUUGUCCUCUUCCUGCCCCUCUACAUUACAUACGUGGCAAUGGGCUUUCACUGGCCUUUUGGGAAGUGGCUCUGCAAAAUGAACUCAUUUAUUGCACUACUUAAUAUGUUUGCCAGUGUUUUCUUCCUGACGUUCAUCAGUCUUGACCGCUACAUCCGCCUGGUCCACCCGGUCUUUUCCUACAAGUAUCGGACUGUAAGGAACACCCUCAUUCUUAGUGGGAUCAUUUGGAUGUCAGCUGCAAUUAUUGGUGGCCCUGCCUUAUACUUUAGAGACACAGCUACAGUUCUCAACAAUGUCACCAUUUGCUACAACAACUUCCAUGUGCAUGACAGAGAAAUUAUUUUGCUGACACAUCACGUUCUCAUUUGGGUGAGGCUUGCAUUCGGUUACCUCUUUCCUCUAGUGACCAUGGUCAUUUGCUACUCAUUGCUGAUUGUCAAAGUGAAGAGGAGAACUGUCUUGACUUCCAGCAGGCUUUUCUGGACCAUCAUUGCUGUAGUUGUAGCUUUUUUUGUCUGCUGGACACCAUAUCACAUAUUCAGCAUUGUGGAGCUGUCUGCUCACCACAAUGAAAACUUGCAAGACUUACUACAGGAUGGCAUUCCCCUUUCCACUGGCCUUGGUUUCAUCAACAGUUGCCUCAAUCCAAUCCUCUAUGUUCUGAUAAGUAAAAAGUUCCAGGCCCAAGUCAAGACAACAGUCUCUGAGGUGCUGAAAUUGGCACUGUGGGAGGUGAGCCGCUCAGGAACUGUCAGUGAGCAGCUGUGGAGCUCAGACAACAGCCAUGCACCUGUGCACUACUGUGAAACUGCUCAGUGA